UAUAUAUUUGAUUCUUUAUAACAACGGUAUAUGCGAUUCUGUGCUUCUUCAAGUUCCCACUAAAGUACUUUUGAAGAAAACAAAAUUAUCUGCAACUGCUUUACUUUUUGAUUGGAGUAAUUUACGUAUUUUUAACGUUACUCUAUAUAUACUCUGUCUUCCUCCCCUUCAAACUUCUCACGGAGCCAAAGCUGUUCCCUUUUUUCAUCUGGGGUUAAAGAAGCACCAUUGACCAAAAUUGUGACAAGGGCUUCCUUGAUUUUGAUGGCAUUCCAGCCCUACAUAUCCCAGGAUUUGAAAACCAUCCCAAAUGCAGAAAACUCAAAUGGUUGCUUCGAUUGCAACAUCUGCCUCGACUUUGCACAUGAACCAGUAGUGACCCUAUGUGGCCACCUCUACUGCUGGCCAUGCAUCUACAAGUGGCUCCAUGUCCAAAGUGAUUCUCUAGCACCUGAUGAGCACCCACAGUGCCCUGUUUGCAAAGCUGAUAUAUCUCACAGCACAAUGGUUCCACUCUAUGGCCGUGGCCAAGCCACAUCAGAAGGAAAAACACCUUGUGAUGUUUUCAUACCACCAAGACCACCUGCUUCAUGUGCACAAACUCUAUUUGAUACAUCAUCACAAAGUGAUCAACAACACAUUCCAUAUCGUAACCCUUAUCAGGGUCACUACUUCACAUCUCAACCAUCCCAUGAAGAUGAGGAUGAUGCAACUUCACAAAUGCUCAAUCUUGGUGCCACCAUGACUCCAGGAUCACACCACUAUCACCCUGUGACUGGCAUGUUUGGGGAGAUGGUUUAUGCUAGAGUGUUUGGCAACUCACAAAAUUUGUAUGCAUACCCAAAUUCUUAUCAGAUGAUGGCAAGUACUAGCGCUAGAUUGAGAAGGCAAGAGAUGGAGGCACACAAAUGUUUGAACAGAAUUUCUAUUUUUCUCUUUUGUUGCUUUCUUCUAUGUCUUGUUGUUUUCUGAGUGAGAAGAAGUUGAGAUUAUUUACUCUCUCUCUUGUAUAGUAGAACUGUAGAAGCAUGAUUGCAAGCUUUUCAAACUUGCUAGAUCCAAUGGAUCAUCACAGGCUACACUUCUGUGCUUAAUAUAUUAUACUUAAGUUAUAUCAAUAGAUUAUUUGAACUCA